AUGGCGCCGGCUACUAUGCAGGAAACGCAGAUCGGUGACUUCGCGAUCCAGCUGUCGGUUCCCUUUUGGCAUAGCCUGCUGCACUAUGUCCCGCUCUAUGCUGGUCUGGGGCUCACUAUAGUCCUGGCCAUGUGGGCGGUUCGCCAAUGGCUCCAACAGCUCCUGGCAAACUCGCUGCAGACUUUUCAGAAUUCACUUGCAAUCGAAUUCGAUCGGAUCCAACCUCAGCUGGAUGGAGUCGUGGAACGCGCUCUGACCAAUGUCGAGAAGAACAGCAUGGCUACAGUGGAGUCCAACAUGGAUGGUCUCCGCAAAGAGCUGAUGCAGGCAAUGACGGACAUGGAGACUCGUCUUGGCCAGAAAACUCCGCCGGACUUCCGCACGCCUUUGGACGAAACCCGUGCCUUGCUGCAUAAACAGACCAAGAGCAGCAUGCAGGAAAUCACGGACCUCAGCCAGACCUCCCUCCAGAGCUGGAUUGGCUCUGAGAUCCAGAGUCGACUUGACUCUAUGAUCUCCCUCCUUACAGGAGUUCAAGUGGAGCUCACGGCCCAGACGGAUCUCCAACUUGACGAGAAGCUCACAACGGUGAGUGCCACAGUCACGACCAUUGACACUGUGGCCAAAGAGAUCCAAUCGACGGUGGGUGAGUGUCUCGGAGCCCUACGGGAUGCCCGCAUCAACGAUGCCGCCCAACACCAGAGUACCUUGACAGCCGUCAAACAGACGCAGGCUAUGCUGAAUAGCCUGCGUGGUGAAGUAGUUCCACCUCUACAACAUGUGGCCGGAGCUCAGACACUACGAAACGUCGAGCAGAACCUGGACUUGGCCAACCAAACGGUUUGGACGAACCAGGGGCAUCUUAAGCACCAAAGCGAAGCCCUGGAUGAGCUCAGCACUGCAAUGGAGAAGGCCCUCAAGGGACUAACAACCCUGCAGACCCAGCUGGAACGAGUCAUUAGCAGAUUGACUCCGCCUCAGCAGAAGGCGCCGCCGCCAUCACCACCUUCGUCGACACCGGACGACACUCCUGGGGGCAAAGCUCCAGCACCCUGCAAUGCUGCGACACCGAGCUCAUCGCCGCCGCCUCCUACAGUGAGCCCAGGCAAUGUCGGCUCGGACCAGGUCCCAGUCCCAGUCCUGAGAAUUCAGGAGUCCCUACCGAUUAGGCAGCCGGUCUCACUGUUUUCCAGUCUCCCACAGGGCAUGCCAGCUCCCCCAUUCCAGUGGGGAAACGCUCAGGCUGCACUCCAGGGGGAUCCCCGAGCCAGGGAAGCUCUUUCCUACUUGGCGCAGUCCUUCGGUAUGAUGGGGUAA